UUAUGUCAUAUAUGUAUUUUACGUGCAUACAUCACAAGUGACAGUGAAUCCUGGGUGAUUUCAGCCUCGUUUUGAUGCCGCAUGUGAAUACUCUGGCACAAUUAACGAUCGUGAAAUGCAACGAGCGAAUUACCACGAAUUUUCUUCCGCCUAAAUUAGAUGGAAUUGCAUGAUCUUGAUGUCACAUUUAUUUUUUCAUCGAACUACAAAUGGUGGCAGUAAAUUACAGAUUUAGGCUGCUAUUGGCUGCCCUAUCGAUAUUUUUACUUUGGCAAUCUACAAAAAUGUGGGCAAAGUUCUCAUGGGACAAUUCCAUCGAGCUGCAAGAGAUAAAGUUACAGGAUGAAAAAGAAAAGGCUGAUACCGAGUCAAAAGUUAGGCCACAGAAAGUAUCGGUUACCGUAUACUACGAAGCAUUGUGUCCCGACUCAAAAAGUUUUGUUGUCAAGCAGUUGAUUCCAACAUAUAAUGCCAUACCAGACAAUAUACAGAUAGAACUGAUACCCUAUGGCAAGGCAAAGACUUUCAAGAAAGGGGACAAUUACCAAUUUAUGUGUCAGCAUGGUCGGAUCGAAUGCGACGCAAAUAUAGUUCAUGCUUGUGCGAUCGACGUCAUUAAAGUACCAUUUGUGCAAUUAAGUUAUGUCUCUUGUAUGCUCAAACACAAUAUUCAACCACUAAGCACGAUGAAGGCUUGUGCCAAAACGAUGCAGGUGGACUACGAGCCAAUACUGAAUUGCUACAGAAGCUCCAGAGGAACGGAGCUCCUAGCCAUGUACGGGGAAAUGACGGAAGCACUCGAUCCAAAAAUGUCCUUUGUACCAACGAUUACUCUCGAUAAGAAAGUGGAUAAUCAGCCAGCUAUUUUAAAAAAUUUAUUGCAACAAGUGUGCCAACGAAUCCAAGUGCAGCCCCUUGCCUGCAUGUGAAAAAUAUUCAAAUGUACAGGAUCACGAUUUGUACUCCGGUGUACUUUUACUUUAUACGAACAAUAAUGACAUAUCGUUUUGCUAGACAA